UGCGUUACAGCUCCUCCUCCUCCUCCCUUCAAAAUUUGAAUUUUGAAUUCAAACAACAUCCCCCCAAAACUCCCAUCUCAAAAACAACACACACAAACACACAGUUUCUAAACCCUAAAAGAAACGAUCUGGAUCUUGUAAAGAUGCCAUUCAUUUCGGAAGCGGCGAGUGCUAUUAAGAGCAGAUUUGGCUUCCACGACCGCAAUUCGGAGCACAAUCCCACACCCAUUCGCAGCACUCCGGAUGUGCAAACGUCGAAGCAGCAGCUGCUUAAUUCUUCAGCUCUACGGAACAUUUCGUCGUCGGAUCAGACUUGUUUCCAGAUUUACGAAGAUCCUUCCUUCUGGAAGGACCACAAUGUUCAGGUGAUUAUAAGACUACGUCCAUUGAGUAGUUCCGAAGUAUCUCUGCAAGGAUCCGGUAAAUGUGUCAGGCAAGAUAGCAAUCAGACUGUUACUUGGACUGGACAUCCAGAAUCACGCUUUACUUUUGAUAUUGUUGCGGAUGAAAAUGUUAGCCAGGAAAUGCUAUUCAAAGUGGCUGGAGUACCCAUGGUGGAAAACUGUAUAAGUGGCUAUAAUAGCUGCAUGUUUGCAUAUGGGCAAACUGGAAGUGGAAAGACUCACACAAUGCUUGGUGACAUUGAGGGUGGCACUCGAAGGCAUAGUGUGAACUGUGGGAUGACUCCUAGAGUUUUUGAAUACUUAUUCUCAAGAAUUCAAAAGGAAAAGGAGGCACGCAGAGAGGAAAAGAUCAGAUACACUUGCAAAUGUUCAUUUCUGGAGAUAUACAAUGAGCAAAUUCUUGACCUUCUUGAUCCUUCGUCUAUCAACUUACAGAUAAGAGAAGACACUAAGAAGGGGGUUUAUGUGGAUAAUCUUACUGAGGUGGAAGUUUCAAGCUCUCGAGAUGUGCUUCAACAACUUGUUCAGGGCUCAGCAAAUAGAAAGGUAGCUGCCACAAAUAUGAAUCGUGCAAGUAGUCGUUCUCAUAGUGUAUUUACAUGCAUCAUAGAAAGUAAAUGGGAAUCUCAAGGUGUGACCCAUCAUCGCUUUGCCAGGCUUAACCUUGUUGAUUUAGCAGGCUCUGAGAGGCAGAAGAGUUCUGGCGCUGAAGGUGAACGCCUUAAAGAAGCUACCAACAUCAACAAGUCUCUUUCGACAUUGGGACUUGUGAUUAUGAAUCUUGUGAGUAUAUCUAAUGGAAAAUCACUGCAUGUUCCUUACCGUGAUUCAAAGCUCACAUUCUUGCUUCAGGAUUCUCUAGGAGGGAAUUCGAAGACAACUAUAAUAGCAAAUAUUAGUCCUUCAAGCUGCUGUUCUUCGGAGACUCUAAGCACAUUAAAGUUUGCUCAGCGGGCUAAAUUCAUUAAGAAUCAUGCUACUGUCAAUGAAGACGCUUCUGGAGACGUCCUUGCUAUGAGGAUGCAAAUUCAGCAACUCAAGAAAGAAGUUUCACGGUUACAGAAUGUAGUCAAUGGAGGAGCUGAAAAUCUUGAGAGUGACGCUUGGUCUGUAUCCUUUCCAGGAUCUCCAGGAUCCUUUAAGUGGGAAGGGCUUAAUGGAUCAUUUAGUCCAUUCAAAGUUGAUAAAAGGAUGUCACAGAAAAGAGAGUACGAGGUUGCCCUUGUGGGAGCUUUCAGGAGGGAGAAGGACAAAGACAUGGCAUUGCAAGCAUUGACUGCAUCAAAUGUGGCAGCAAUGGAUUUGGCUACACAAAGAGAAAAGGAGGUACAGGGAUUGAAAAUGAGAUUAAGGUUCCGAGAAUCUGGAAUAAAGAGACUGGAAGAUCUUGCUUCUGGGAAGAUAUCAGCCGAGACACACUUGCUGAAAGAAAAGGAAGAAUACCUACAGGAAAUUGAAAUGCUGCGCACCCAGGUGGACAAGAAUCAAGAUGUCACAAAAUUUGCCAUGGAAAAUCUGCGCCUAAAAGAGGAGAUUAGACGAUUAAAAUUAAUCUCCGAGGAAGGUGAAUGGGAAAGGAUGAAUGAACAGGUUACGAUUUUACAGAAUAAGUUACUCGAAGCCCUUGACUGGAAACUUAUGCACGAAUCUGAUCCAUCAACUAAUCAGAGAAUUGUAUCUGAGAUGGUUAUUGAUGCUUCAAAUGAUAUUAACAUGUUGCCUUCCCCCAAGGAACCAACAUCACCUUGGAAGGCUGGAGUAAAUGAAGAGAAUGAGUUCCUACGAAUGCAGGCUAUUCAAAACCAAUCAGAAAUGGAGUCCCUACGCAAAAAACUCAAUUCCUGCAUUGGGGAGAAAGAUAAAUUGGAAAGGAGUCUAAAUGACCUGAGCAAAGAACUAGAAGCAGAGAGAUCAUUACAAGUUGCCAUGAAGGAAGAUAAGCAAAACUCACAGCUCCAAUUUCCUCCACUAAUAUCUGAUCAACUGAUAACUGUUGCUUCAAAUGAUCAAAUCGAGCUCAAAACUAUGGUUGAUGCAAUUGCUUCUGCAAGCCAAAGAGAAGCAAAAGCUCAAGAAAUUGCAGUUGCCUUGUCCAAAGAAAAUGAUGAACUCAGGAUGAAACUUAAGAUAUUGAUUGAAGACAACAAUAAACUGAUUGAAAUAUACGAACAUGCAGUUGCUGAAAAUACGAAUAAAACGAAUCCCCUUGCUACCGAAGAAGAAAAAACUAAUAACCAAAGUGGUCACGUAAUUGGAUUUGCUGAAGAGACUGUGCUACAAAGUAAAGAAGUGGAGGAUUUACAACAUCAACUUGCAGAAAUGCAUGAAGAGAAUGAGAAGCUACUCGGUCUAUACGAAAAAGCCAUGCAAGAAAGGGAUGAAUUGAAAAGAAUGCUUUAUUCUGCUGAGAGGACGACUCCUAUUAAUCAGAGGGAAGACAUUAAUUGCCUCGAAAUGCUUGCAAGGGUCGGUGAAGGAGAUUCUAUAGAUUUCAAUGAAUCUUCCACACCUGACAAAACUGUCGAAAGUGCGGAAGCAGAUCCUCUUGCAUCAUAUGUGCAUGAUGAAGAGAAAGGUACCCAGUUGGUGGAUAUUCCUGCCGAAACUAAAUUUCUACAAGAGGAGUCUCUCUUCGAAGUGAAGGUGCAUGAUGAUUACAGCAUAUAUUCUGGAAGUCCACGAAUAAAUGAUUAUCUUGACAUAGAUGAAAUGCCAAGUUUUGUUGAUGCAAGGAGUGUUAUAGAGUGUGAUUUUAUGGACCACGAUUUCCAAGAGACUGCACCAUCUGUUGAGUUAGAAGCAUCAGGUGAAGAUAAAAUGUCUACAGGUCUCGCUCAGUUGAAUAAGUCAUCAGAUGACACUAGAAUAAGGGUUUCGAAGGAUUUGUAUUCAGAUCUGGACAAAGUUCAAGACAUGCUUUCAACUUCAUCCAGUACUAUCUCUGCAUAUCGUUCGCUUGAGAGCGCAGUCAUUGAGAUUGGUGAACUCUCCAGAAAAAUAGAAGCAUUAGAUGAUAGUGUCAUAGUUAAACAGCAGGAGCACAAGUCGUUAAAGAUCCUCUCUUCAGAGAUUCUGGAAAAUGGUUCAUUGAUUGAAAAGAAGUUGAUGGCACUCAAGUACUCUGUUUCAAACUUUUCCUCGUCAAUCGAUUAUUUUGAGCAGCGAGAAGGUCAAGCAAGGACAAUUUUAGACCAGUUGAUAUCUAAUAUAAACCAAAAGAAAGAGGAAUUAAGGCAACUCGAAGUUAACAGAAGCAAAACUGAAGAGGCCAAGAAAGCAAUUCAGCAAUCUAAAGUUGAACUGAAGAGUAAUAUUGCAGAGCUGAACAGUAAAAUUGAGGAGGAGAAUAGAAGGCUAGAAAGUGAAAAGGUUCUGAUUGCCAUAGAUGAUAACAAGUUAGAGGUUCACCAAUGGAGAGGCAGUAAAGCUACUGAUUUACUCAAAGCCGAGGAAGACAAAUCAAAGCUACAACUUCAAAUGAAGCAGGUUCGCCAGAAACUCGGGCUCUUAAGGGAGGAAUAUGAAGAUCUUGGCAGAAAGUUUGAGAAAGUGGAUUACCAGACACAACUUGUUCGGAAGGAGAUACACAAAGGUUCAGAAAAGGUCAAAGAGGCAGAGCAGAAGCUUCAGAGUAUCAUCGAAGAAAAGGAGUUUAUACAGCAAGCAAAGGAUGAAGGGAUGACUGAACUAGAAAACCUGAUAUUUGAGUAUCAGCAAUAUUUCUUUGAAUAUCAAUUGAAGGGCGAGGAGCUGAUUAUUUUAGAUGAAGAAUUGCAGAUCGAUCUGGAAAUAUUGGAAAAGUUGCAGACGGCAAGAAGUACAGCUAUCAAGAUGAAUGCUCAGUUGCUGGAUGAAAUGGGUCACUCUGGCUCUUUAUCCGACAAUAUUGUGAAAGAACUUCAAAAAGUGAGGGUAUUCAUUAGAGAGUUGAAGUCAUUAUUUGGUGAUGACUGCUCACUCAACUGAUGCCUUGUAGCUAUUCUUUUCCUUUGGCUUGUACAAAACACAAUGUUCUCAAUGCUGUUAUCUAACUCAGUUCGAAAUUA